AUGCCUUCAAAUCAAAGCAGUUCACGUAGAAACCCGCCAUCACUAACCGAUCAUUUUCCCCAUCUCUAUUCCCUCAGUGGCAGUCAUGAGAUAGGGCCAAGCGACUCAACAGAGUGGCAUAACCACUCAAGCCAUCACACGACUUCCAACAAUGCCAUAGACAUUGAUGUACCCUAUUACUGGAAAGAAUCUGAUUUAUGGAAUACAGAGAAGCCAUACUUGUAUACUCAACGUCAGGUCGCCCCUCCUGUGCUUAUCACGGCGCAUAGCAGUAGCGUUGAUGACUAUCAGAGCGUCAUCGACGACCUAACACUUGAGAUUCAACAGCUUAAGAAGGAAAUCAAACUUUACAAGCAACCGGGUCCGGCUAUGCUCCAUAAGGACAAGCUAUUUGAGAUCAAGGUUCAUGGGCUGUCCCAAAAGAAACAGAGAGAACUCGAGACCACACUGAGAAACUUUGCCACUGAUCUCGAUAGCCACGCAGAGGUGUCAUCAUCGCGGAAAAGGAGAAAGAUAUCCUCCCUCAAUCGCGAUCAUACAUACUCCAAAUCCGGAGUUCAGCGCAAACAUGCCCCUUCCUCUCUAGGUUCCAACCUCCAGCCAGCUGACUCUACUUACGCCUCCAUGUCAACCGGUGCCGAGUCUUCAAGAACGCCUUCUAACCUCUCCAUCUUGACUUCAAUCAAAGCUUCAAAAGAUACGAUUGAGGGUUAUCUCAGAGAUGUUCCCGAUGGCCUGUACCCACAACGCGUAAUCAUGACAGACAAGGAGCGGAAGAAUCUCGUUGUUCGUCGCCUCGAAAAGCUCUUCACAGGCAGAAGUAACGGUGCCGAUAUCUCGAAAACGCCGCCUAUACGGCCGGGUGGUAGCUUCAUUUUGGCGCGGGCUGUAUUGGAUGCACAGGUGGCGGACCCAUCAUCCAUCCACGAAGCAACCACCCAUGGAACUAAGCCUAUCCGGGAAGCAAUAAUCCUCUCUCUAGAGCAGAAAUUUUGCCCGUGGGGAGAUCAAUGUCAUUUAAGUGACAGUGGGUCGGCUUCUGAUCUCGAUAAGGACACCAUGAAGACUGAGUGUGAUGAUAGUGGCUUAGCCUCCGAUAGCAAGCCAUCCUCCCCAACCCUUUCUCUGUCAAAACAGCGACCCACGCGGCCGUGUGAUUUGGAUCCCGAUCGUGCUCAGAUUCCGUCUAAGAAUCUGAACUACAUCCAACAUUUGGACCUACUGCCGCCCGCGUUAUUGUCUAGACGGCAGAAUAACCAGGACACCCACCUAGAGGCUGCAGGCUGGGUAUCCUUGAACCUGCUGUACAACUUGGCCCAGCUCCACUUAAUUAAUGUGACACUAGACCUCGUUCGCUCAGCCGUCUUAGAAAGCAGCACCAAAUUUCAGUUAUCUCCCGACGGCCAUAAAAUUCGAUGGCGAGGCAGAUCCAAAGAUACCAAAUUAAGUAGCCACAGCUCAGGCUAUGACUCGCAAGAAAUUUCUUUUGCCGAUGAUAUCGAUAGUCCGAAAAAGAAACAAGAGCACGCAAAGACCAGCUGUUUCACUAGUAAUGAAUCCAAAUUCGGCGGCUCAAGUAAGGAUGCGCUUAACUUUGAUCCACAGUUUUGCGCUCAAGUUGAAAGUUUCCACUACAAGCCACUGUUUGCUCAGCGCGGUGCAUCGGUUUGCUCGUCUAUAGCCGUGGACCAUGAUAAUCCUAGCGGGUCGGGUUUGGGCUUGAAUUACUCCAGAGGGUCGGCUACCAAAUGGCAACACCACGAUGGUGCUAUCACAUACUAUAGUGGUGCACCUUUCUGCACUGAUUUAUCAGGUGAUCUAGCUGAUCUAUCACCAAACCCUCGCACGCCUCCGAGCGCCCGAAGUAGGAACGAUUCCGAGCAACCAUCAGAAUGUUAUCGGUCUCCUCGACAAAAAGCUUCGAGGGUCUCCAUCGAUUACAAGCCAUUGAAGGACCGAUGCCAAGGCAUUUGUCAGCAGACUUCAGUCAUGGACGGGGAUAGUAAUAAGAUUCAGGGCCCGAUGUACGAUGACAGAGAACAAAGCAUCGAGAUCAAGCUGGAUUUGAUUUGGAACAACGACCAGCAGUAUAUAAGGCAGCAACCCUUAGAACCCAGCGGACUUGGUGGUGUUCGCCCCGAUGACCACUUUACGAUACUUGUCGAUACGAAGCGGCCUAAGCAUGAUAUUCUCCCACGGCCUUGCGAACCUCACGUUGGGAAGUCAGAUAAAAGCACAGAAAGCGUCAUCCGUCACUGGGUGGCGACAGUAAGAUCUGGUCCCGUUGUCGGUGGUUCAGAGAUAAAAGCAAUCGAGGAAUCACGGCCUAUUGAGAUUGAGUAUCUGUCAUGGCGCACAAAGAGACUACUACCGGCUCCACUGCCAUUCCCAGCCAGUUUCUUUUCCCCGUUUAGCAACGAUAAUUCUACAUCCGGCGAAGAUGAUAAUCCAUUCAUUGAUGGAUAUAACGCUGGGCCGCCACCGGAGAACAUGGGUGAAUGGAUUAUUCCACGCUAUUACAGUAGCUACCCUAAUAACUUUGACGUUUGCAUCGGCGUCGACAUUGAUGAAGUUCCAGACGAAUUGUAUUGA